AUGUCUGUAGUAAUUUGUGACCAGGAUGAACAGCAAUGCAAACAAACGCCGGGGUCCCUAUCCCUGCCUGUUCUGCAAAGGAUUGGGGACGUCACACUAGGGGGUCUGUUUCCUCUUCAUGAAACGGUAGUGGAGCCACAUCGCUCCUUCACCACCCUGCCUUCAAACCUACACUGCACCAGCUUUAGCUUGCGAAUAUUUCGCAUGGCACAAAGUAUGAUCUUUGCAAUUGAAGAGAUCAACAGGGAGGGAAAACUCCUUCCAAACGUCACUCUGGGUUAUAAGAUAUAUGACUCAUGCAGCACCCCCUACCAGGCCUUGAAGGCUGCCAUGGAGCUGAUGGGAACCGAGCAAGAUUCAGAGGUAGAGAUGGUGGAUAAUCACAUGUGUCCCGGGACUGUUCCUGUGGUGAUAGGAGACGCCGGAUCAACCCAGUCUCUAGUUGUAGCUCGUUUCCUCGGAGCCUUCCAUGUGCCUCAGGUGAGCUAUUUCUCCAGCUGUGCUUGUCUCAGUAACAAAAAGGAGUACCCUGCCUUCUUAAGAACCAUGCCCAGUGACCUCUUCCAGGUUGAUGCACUAGUUCAGCUCGUCAAACAUUUCCAGUGGACGUGGGUAGGAGUAAUAGCAGGAGAUGACGUUUAUGGUCGUAGUGGUGCAGCUGUCUUUGCUAAUGAGGUUAAGAAGUUUGGUGCCUGUGUGGCCCUCCAAGAGAUAAUCCCCAAGAACCAUGCAAGAGAGGCCUUGGCCGCUAUUGUUUCCAGGAUUCGAUCCUCAGGGGCUUUGGUGGUCCUGGUGUUUGCGGUGGAACAAGAUGCUGGGGCACUGUUUGAUGAGGCACUCAGGCAGGGACUAACAGGGAUACAAUGGCUGGCCAGUGAGGCAUGGAGCACAGCCCCUGUGCUCUCCACCCCUCCCAAGUACCAUCAAAUCCUCCAAGGCACUAUAGGGUUAGCCGUCCGAGGAGUAUACAUUCCUGGCCUUCAAGACUUUCUACUGCGUCUACACCCCUCAAACCCAGAUGCCUCUGAGAAUCCCUUUCUGAUUCCUUUCUGGGAAAAGGUCUUUGGGUGCCGUUUAGGUGCCAAUUCUGGAAAUCAAAUUGAAAAUGAUAAACCUCUGUGUUCUGGAUCAGAGGAUCUGAGAAGUAUGAAAAACAUCUACUCCGAUUUUUCCAAACUAAGGAUUUCUUACAAUGUCUACAAAGCUGUCUAUGCUAUUGCCCAUGCGAUUAAAUCCAUGAUGAGCUGCAAGAAGGAUGCUGGACCAUUUCCACUGAAGGCUUGUCCAGAUACAACCAAUAUACAGCCAUGGCAGCUUCUUCAUUACCUUAAGGAGGUGGAUUACAUUAAUCAGUUUGGUGAGGAGACCAAGUUUGAUCACAAUGGUGACCCAGUCGCUAUUUAUGAUCUACUCAAUUGGCAACUGGGAUUUGAUGGCGAGCAAAUUGUAACCAUUGGCAUGUUUGAUGGGACAGCAACAGCUGACCAGAAAAAACUCAAGCUCCAAGAAGAGAACAUUAUAUGGAAUGGCAACAAGACAACAGUUCCUGAGUCAGUAUGCAGCAGUCCUUGUCUACAAGGCACCAGAAAGGCCAUCCGACCAAACUUUCCUAUAUGCUGCCAUGACUGUGUGGUCUGUAGAGCUGGGGAGAUUAGCAAUCAGACUAAUUCCAUAGAGUGUGUACUCUGCUUGCCGCAGUUUUGGUCCAAUGUUGAGAGAACAGCCUGCUUUCCCAAAGAAGUGGACUUCCUGUCCUUCAGCGACACCAUGGGCAUAACCCUCAUAACUAUUGCCCUGCUUGGCUCCUUGUGCACUUGUUGGGUUAUCUUUAUAUUCUCUUGUCACAUAUCUUCUCCAAUAGUUAGAGCCAACAACUCUGAGCUGAGCUUCCUGCUUCUCUUCUCCUUGACUCUGUGUUUCCUGUGUUCUCUGACCUUCAUCGGCCGUCCCUCAGACUGGUCCUGUAUGCUUCGCCAAACAGCUUUCGGGAUCACCUUUGUCCUCUGUAUCUCUUGUGUUCUGGGUAAAACAAUAGUGGUAUUGAUGGCCUUUAGGGCAACACUUCCAGGCAGCAAUCUUAUGAAAUGGUUUGGACCUGUACAGCAAAGAGCCUUCAUUACCCUUUCAACCUUGGUCCAGGUUAUUAUUUGUAUAAUUUGGUUGACGGUGGCUCCUCCUACUCCACAAAAACUGAUGCCUAGAGAGAGUGCUAUCGUUAUACUCUUAUGUGACGAGGGUUCAGCUCUAGGAUUUGCUCUGGUCCUCGGUUAUAUUGGCCUGCUGGCCUGCCUCUGCCUCUUCUUGGCCUUCCUAGCAAGGAAACUACCAGACAACUUCAAUGAGGCCAAGUACAUAACCUUCAGCAUGCUGAUCUUCUGUGCUGUCUGGGUGGCCUUCAUCCCAGCCUACAUCAGCUCUCCAGGGAAGUAUGCUGUGGCUGUGGAGAUCUUUGCCAUCCUGGCUUCUAGUUAUGGCCUGUUAGCCUGUAUUUUUGCUCCCAAAUGUUACAUAAUCUUGCUGAAGCCAGAAAAAAACUCUCGAAAACAUCUAAUGUCAAAGACAUCUGUGCAAUGA